AUGCGACCUUGUCUUCCAGUCUUCUUUGCUCAUUGUUUGACACCUCUUAUAGUACUAGCAUGCAUGAUUAUCGGUAUCGGAUCGAUGAUGGCAGGUGGUAAAGUUGGACCGUUUAAUUCAUUAGAUCCAAACACUUUAAACUUAACGGAUGAUCCAGUGAUGUUUCUACAACUUACAGAUGUUCAUUUCCAUCAUUUAUAUACCGAAAGGCUUCAACACUUAAACAAAUUAUUCAAAAAUGUAAUAAACAACUUGCGACCAGACGUAUUAGUCAUAUCAGGUGAUGUCGCCGAUGGAAACAAUCACAAUUCGGCUAUCUCAUUCCACAAGCAAUACGAAGGAAACUGGAGAGUCAUCAUUGAAACCAUAAUAGACUCAAAAAUCCUAGAAUCUGAUGCCAUGUUCAUACCAGUACCAGGAAACCACGACAUGUACGGCGUUUACGCAGAUACAAACGAGUCAAAUAGAUUUCGAAGACAAUUUUUCAGCGAUUCUACAGAGUUUGACUUCCAAACUUAUCACGUUAAUGAAGGAAAUCAUCCCAUCAACGUCGUCUGCUUCUCCCCGAUUACUCCUCCCAUGAUAUCUGCUCCAUUAGGUUUAAUGCCAUACGUAAAGUCCAAAUUACUUGAUAAGAUUGAGAAUGCUUACAAACCAGGCGAAACAAACAUUCUGAUCAACCAUUUCCCAUUACCUCUUUUGUGGUCAGGCAAAAACAAAAACAAGAAAAACAUCAAAAAUAUAUCAUAUAUGUAUGAUGUCAUGUUGACUGGCCACACACAUCCACGUAAUCCAGAGAUCACUAAGAAGGAAAGCUUACUUCAUGUAGUUUCAUCUCCAGGAUUUAUGACAUCAAACGUCACAAUAAUUUCCAUUGACAACGGAUUUAGUAGUUUUCAUAAAGUUGAUUCAUCAAACAACAGACAAGCCAUCAUCACUUAUCCAAUCAAUACUAAUUCUAUCACAUCUCGUGUUGUUUUCUCAAAAUCAGACAUUGAUGUCCGAGUUGUUUUAUAUGGUAAUAAUUCAGAUCCAUUACAACUGAAAAUCGAUGAUCAAGAACCAAUUACGAUGAAUUUGAUCAAAAUUUUGAAAGAAAAUGUAUCAUUGUUUUCCAUUAACGUUUCUCUUUCUAAAGGGAAACACACUAUGGAAGUUAUUGGUGCGAACUAUGCAAACGAGUACUUUGUUGGUGAUGAAUACGAAGAAAAAAGCAAGUCAUCAAUUAUGGGAUUUAUGAAUGUUAAUUUGUUGAUUGGAUUAGUUGUAUUCUUAUGUAUAUAUACUAUAAUCAGGAUUAUUCCUAUCUGGAAACUCCCAACAUUAGAAGAUAAAUUAAAUGAAUUCCAAAGUGUUCUUAGUGGUGAGAAAGACAAAGGAUCUAUGUCAGUCUUGAUGCAGCUUUGUUUAGGAAUCCUUGAUUAUUUCACUAGAUACAGACAUCUCUCAUUAUUCGGUUAUAUCUUAAUGGUUAUUAUGACAUUAUGGGUAUAUGUACUUCCAUUAUUCAUCUCAGGCAUGGAUCAAAAGUAUGGUGUUGUUUUUGCAUACGGAUCAGUUGUUGAUGGUGACAUUACAUAUUUUGCAACAGUUUUCAUUAUUUGGGUUUUUUAUUAUAUCUUUUAUUUGAUGCCACUUGGUUCAUUCCUUUCUCUUUACUACGAAACUAAGAAAUCUAUCUGGGAAAUGGUUAUUUUCUGCAUUCCUAUUAUUUUCAUUAUUUUUGUUUGGUUUGUUUUUUCAUAUGUUACCGGUGAAGCGAAAAGUAUCUUUGGAUCCACAUUUACAUGGAUUGCUCUUCUUGGCGUUAUCUUGACAAUUUUUGACAUGGUUUUGACUCAAAAGAAUCAAAGCAGAAAGACAUCAUCAUCUCCAGACGAAGAUCCAAACACCGAUGACAAACCAAUGCCUUAA